AAAAGGGUGCUACGUGACUGCACGUUCACUCUGAAAUCCUGAUCAGUUUCCUGCCUGACAAGCUCAUCGACAUUGACUCCACGAUGCUGCGACUUCUUAGCCUUCUUGUGCUGGUGUCUUACACCACAGCCCAAAGCUGUGGCGGUACUUUCACCGCUUCCAGCGGCACAGCGGCCUCUCCCAACUACCCCAGCAGCUACGGCAACGACCAGAACUGCGAGUACAGCUUCCCAGCUAACGGCCAGCUGCUGCAGAUCACCUUCAACAGCUUCCAACUGGAGGCAGCGAGCUCCUGGACCGGCAGCUGCUAUGACACCGUUACUGUGUACGACGGAGGCGUUCGUGUUGGUGAGUACUGUGGUACCAACAGGCCGGCCAACAUCGCCACCCGAUCGGAUGUCACCAUCGAAUUCUCUUCGGACUACAGCGUCACAGGUACCGGGUUCUCCCUCUCGUUCAGCCGCGGAGGUGAAAUCGUCACGACCACCACUCUGCCCCCUCCCACCUACGCUCCUGGCUCAUGCGGAACCCCUGCCAUCCAGCCCCGCACCUCGGAGAUGCUGAGGUACGAUCAGGCCGAGGGACGCAUCGUCAACGGAGACGACGCCACCCCCCACAGCUGGCCCUGGCAGAUUUCUCUGCAGACUUCUACAGGCUGGCACUACUGUGGUGGUUCUAUUGUGAACAACGAGUGGGUCGUCACUGCAGCUCACUGUGAUCCCACCAUUUCCUCUGACUACGUCAUCCUGGGAGAGCACAACAAGGGCGGGGGUACCGAGUCCAUCCAGCGCGUGCGCAUCUCCAAGAAGAUCUGUCACCAGCAGUACAACUCCAACACCAUCGACUACGACAUCUGCCUGCUGAAGCUGGCCACCCCCGCCGUGUUCAGUGAUAAAGUCCACCCCGUCUGUAUGGCAAACUCCGGCGAUGAGUCUUCCUUCCCUGCUGGGAUGAGGUGCUACACUUCCGGCUGGGGAAAGACAUCUGCCUCCUCCUCCGGUACCCCUGACAUCCUGCAGCAGGCCAUGAUCCCCCUCAUCAGCACCUCGCAGUGCCAGGCCGCCUGGGGAAGUGUCAACACCAUCACUGACCGCAUGAUCUGCGCAGGCGCGGAUGGUGCCACCUCCUGCAUGGGUGACUCUGGCGGCCCGCUGGUGUGCCAGAAGGACGGUGCCUGGAACCUGAUCGGAGUUGUGUCGUGGGGAAGCUCCCAGUGCAGCACCUCCACCCCUGCCGUGUACGCUCGCGUCACCAACCUCCGCCAGUGGCUCGACUCCACCAUGGCCAACAACUAAGUUGCCAUUCACGCAGUUCCCUCUCAACGACGUACCGACCUGCGGCUAAAACAGCAAGUAUAAGGAGGGAACACAGUGAUCAAUUGUCUAUAAGGCAGUUCGCCUUCAACAUCGUUACUCAUAAAGAGCCAAGUUAACAUCGGUUUAUCAACUACAUUAUAUGCACAGUAGUC